AUGUGGCCAAUACAAGAUCACAUUAUCCGUAAACUGUGUACUCAUGUACAAUGUAUAUUAUAUUAUUCUGUGGUCAACAGUAGGCUUUUCUUACAGAAACUCAUUAAGGCUGCAUGGGAAGGACGUUUAACAGAUUUGAAACUUUCCAUUGAAAACGGAGCUGAUUUGGAAUAUAGAGAUGAAAAUUCAUUUACACCAUUAUUGAUAUCAGUGUUCCAUGGACACAUCGAGAUAGUCCAAUACCUUGUUUCUGUAGGCUCUAACAAAGAAGCUAAAACAAAGGUAUUGAAUCAUGAAAUCUUAUUUUCUUUCAAAUUUGAGAUUAAUUCUUUUAGAAACAGAGAAGAAGAUUUUACACCGUUAUUGUUUGCUAUACACAAAGGAUAUAUAGAGAUUGUUAAAUACUUGGUGACAGCUCAAUGUGACAUAGAAACAAGAGACAAGAAUGGUUUUACACCGUUAUUGUUUGCUGUACAGGAAGGACACCUAGAGAUUGUUGAAUUCUUGGUUAAAGCUGGAUGUGACAUAGAAUCAAAAACCAAGGAUGAUUUUACACCGUUAUUGGUUGCUGUACAUGAAGGACACCUAGAGAUUGUUGAAAUCUUGGUUAAAGCUGGAUGUGACAUAGAAUCAAAAACCAAGGAUGAUUUUACACCUUUAUUGUUUGCUGUACAGCAAGGAUACCUGGAGAUUGUUAAAUAUCUUAUCAAAGCUAAUUGUGAUAUAGAAGCCAGAACAAAGGAUGAUUUUACACCUUUAUUGUUUGCUGUACAGCAAGGAUACCUGGAGAUUGUUAAAUAUCUUAUCAAAGCUAAUUGUGAUAUAGAAGCCAGAACAAAGAUAGGAUCUACACCAUUAUUGCUUGCUGUAGAGAAAGGACACCUGGAUAUUGUUCAAUACGUACUCACAGUUGGCUGUGAAAAUAAAGCACAAGACGAUCAAGGAAGAACUGCGUUACAUGUUGCUGCUCAUUUUGGACAUUUACAGAUCACAAAGAUGCUGAUAGAAAAAGUUGGAAUUAAUCCGUUGGAUGUGACUUAUCAGGAUGAAACUCCUUACCAGCUGGCAGCAGAAAAUGACAUACAAGAUUCUACAGAAAAAAGACAAGAAAAAGAUGAAAUAAUGAACUAUCUCAAGAAUGUCAUGUUAACAGAAAAGCAAAAAGUCAGCCCAAAAGUCCUACAGCGGCAGGGUCUAUUACAAGUCCCAACAGGCCCUAAGGAAGAUAUACAGAUCUUCUCUGAUAAGGAAUUCAAAGAUCUGUUAAUGAGCGGGGCGUACAGAUGUUUCUGGAACAGAAUAUUUUUAACUGGUCCAUUUGGUGUGGGGAAAACUAGUUUAGCCAAAAUUUUGGUUGGAGACGAGGCUCCAGAAGAACGGCAAUCUACAGAUGGUAUCUGGAUUUACCUGGGGAGGGCUGGAAUGGACAUAAAAGAACGUUGUUGGAUAUUCUUAAAGCAUGGAACCAUAUUGAACGCAACAGUUCAAAGUUUGCUUAGGAGUAAAGAAAUGACAGCUACAGUAGGUACUGUUAAAUCAGUUGAUGACAAAGAAGAUACAAGUGAACCAAGCGAGGACAAGAAGAAUCAAGAUCGUGUAACACCUAUUCAGGAUGCAGUAAAACAUAGCGGGAACUUGUCAAAACCAGGUGCUCUUAAAUCUCAGGACAAUAUUCAACAGGCUGUCAAAAAGAAGUCAAAAUUCAAGGCUUUUCUCGAUCUCCCAAAUCGAAUACAGAAAGCAUUUAAGGGUAAAACGCCUCCCUCACAUAUCGAAACUGCAAAUGAUAGACGUGCACAGAUGGACGAAACGAAGAGAGACGAAUACUUGACUGGCAUAGAUAUGUCAGAAGAGGAAAUAAUCAAGCUUGUCCGUUCUCAAUGUACUCUAGGGCAGUACGAAAUGGUAAUAGUACCUAUAGACCUGUGGGAUUUUGGUGGUCAGAAAAUCUACCAUUUGACUCACCAACUUUUCAUUACAAGCCGGGGUACAUUUCUGUUGAUCUUUAACGGUAGCAGAGAUAUACACGAAGACAUACCAGAUUAUACCGAACUCCCCGGAUGUCAGGGGCAAAGAAACACAGCAGUAUAUCUAAUCCAUUGGGUCAAUUCCGUCCUCACGUAUUGCAAGUCUUUUGUAAACAAUGCGUACCCGAAAAUUGUAUGUGUGGCAACCCACAAAGAUCUGGUCAAAGGUGAUGUUGAAGAACAGAGAACUUCAUUAGAAAACUCAAUCGAAGAUCUCUUUCAAAACCAUGGAGGAAAAAAACAUCUUCAAUAUAAAACACUUAUCUUUGUUAAUGCAAGAAACAAGGAAGACGAUGAAAUAGCCACAUUAAAGAAUUUGUUAGUAGACGUUGCAUUAGACCAUCCUCGCUGUGGGGAACUGAUGCCAACCAAGUUUGUUCCCCUGGAACUUCAACUAGCAAGAAAAGUAGAGGAAAACAAGAAAAUACUAACAAUGGAUGAACUGAAUGAUAUGAACAAACAAAACGAAAAAAUGGCUUUGACCCCUACUCAGAUUAAAACCUUUCUGAAGGUCAACCAUUCUCUGGGAAAACUUAUCUACUUUGAUGAAGCUGGCCUUAGAGGUAACGUUAUAAUAGAUCCUGUGUUUUUGGUGGAUGUAUUGCGUUCCAUUGUCACGGAUGACCAGUUUUGGCCAGAUAAUCUCAAAGAAAUCUUAAAAGCUCUAAAAGAAAGCGGAAAAUUGCUGAAACAGGACUUAUAUGAAAUAUGGAAGCAAGACUGUUUCCGUGAGAUCUCAACACAUAAAGAUUACAUAGUAGACAUGCUAGUUCAUUUGGACAUAAUGUGUAGACCGAGGGACGAUGAAGAUGGAUCAGACUUGUUCUUGGUGCCAUGUAUGAUUAGUACCAAACGAGAAGACAGCCAACAGAUAGACCAUGACAGAAGCAUCCAUCUGGCUUAUAGAUUUAAGGAGGAGGUAGUACCACCUGCUGUUUUGUACAGAUUCAUUGCCACCUUCAUAUCAAUAUGGAAGUUACGCGUUAGUGCCAAAUCCAGUCGGCUGAUGAUCUUUACAGACAGUGCUGAUGUAAAAAUAGACGGGGACCAUGAUAUGAGAUUUGACAUUCAGGGAAACAGAUUCAUAGUUACGCUUUCGCAUACAGAAAAGAACAUCUCCAUUGUACCAUCCAUUGCAUCUACAGCACAGGAAUGCCUUACACAUGCCAUCACAAACAUUUCCAAUUUCUAUUUCUCAGUUUCAGAGGAUUCUACUUGUAAUAGAGAUUUACCGUUUACCAUUCAGAUUGGUAUUCCUUGUGGAACAGAACUUUGCUUUUUUGACCACACAUUGUCAUCAAAGAAAGAAUGGAAAUGCCCGGAUCACAAUAUAAAACACAAAACUAAUAUUGUGUCUAUUUGGUUUGCAGACAAGUUACCUACAAAGGACGACAGAUGCCCUCGGGAUUGUUCUGGCUUAGACAAGGUAUGGUUAGACCGCCAGCCCGAGGACAAACACUUGGGAAGAUUAGCAUCUAAACUAACACACGAAGACACAAGGACAAUAUAUAUGUUGAUAAAGGAAAAAGAACCAGCCCUGCAAUGGGACAUUAUUAACGAAUCAAACAAGCGAGAAGGGUUUAAUAUAAAACUUAACGCGCUUUAUGAUUGGAAGAAAAGUUCUAAAUAUGCUUCAUUUAAGCAGCUACAGAAUAGUUUGGAAGAGGCAAAAAUUGACAUUCACAAACUAUGCCAGGUAUACAUUUGAUAUUUACUGUCCACCAUGCUGUGAUUCAUUAUUCUCACAAUUUUCCAGAAA